GUAGGUACACUCUUGUUAAAAUUGGGUGUCUGCGUGGAGCUUUUGCUCUAAAUACACGAAAAUGAAUAUUCCAAAUGAAUAUAUUUCGAACGCCGAAGAUAUAGCAGAUGGGGUUAUUAGGAAACUGAAACAUAUCUUGCCAACUUUAGCCCGAGUAUGUUUGAUUUCUACUUUCUUGGAAGAUGGGUUACGCAUGUGGUUCCAAUGGUCCGAGCAAAGGGAAUACAUGGAUAUGUCGUGGGGGUGUGGUAAAAUUUUGGCCACACUUUUUGUCCUUAUUAAUUUGGUAGGGCAAUUAGGUGGUUGUGUUAUGGUUAUUAUUAGGUAUCGUGUGAAUAUUGCUUGCGGAGUUCUCUUCUUCAUUGUCGUUUUGCAGACAUUGGCGUACAGCAUCUUAUGGGACAUGCAGUUCCUGUUCAGGAACCUCGCCCUGAUCGGAGCCCUCUUGUUGGUAUUGGCGGAAAGCCGGGGCGAAGCUAAGAGUCUGUUUGCGGGCGUACCUUCUAUGGGCGACAACAAGCCCAAAAAUUACUUGCAACUUACCGGUCGCGUAUUGCUGGCCUUCAUGUUCAUCACGCUCAUUCGAUUUGAAUUCUCUUUCCUACAGAUUGUGCUGGAUUUGCUGGGAUCGGCGCUCAUGGUUUUAGUAACGAUCGGAUACAAAACAAAGCUGUCGGCGUUGAUUUUAGUUCUGCUGCUCACAGUAUUGAACUUCUACCACAACGCCUGGUGGUACAUUCCGGAUUAUAAACCGUUACGCGACUUCCUGAAGUAUGAUUUCUUCCAGACACUGUCUGUGGUCGGAGGCUUACUAAUGAUAGUGUACCUUGGGCCGGGAGGCGUCUCUAUGGACGAGCACAAGAAGCGGUGGUAGAUUAGUGUCAUUCCAAUUAGUUUACGUGAACAAAUUGCGGUGGAGUUCAGUCGACAAUUACUCAUGAACUUAUUUUUUCUAUUUGAAGUUUUUACACAUCUUAAAGAAACUGUGUUAAAAUUACUAUAGUUAACAAUUUUACAUGCAGUUUUUUAAAUUUCAUCUUCAUUUUUAAUUUAUAUCUAUUUAAAAAAUUGUGUAUAUAUUUUUUAUUGUGUGUAAUAGUAAUAACGUUCAUAUAUUUUCUGACUUGACUGUGUGAAAUUUUAGAUUUGUAAAAAAGGUACAAGACAGUGCAUUAUUUAUUAAGUUUACUCGUUUGUAUUGUGCAAAUCUGUCGGAGCACCCUGCAAAUCUUUUUUAUAUGGUGCGCUCAAAUUUUAUAAUGUCUCUUCCAUAUAUAUCAUGCGUUACAAUUAUAUAGACUUUAUGUUAAAUCACUGGGUUGUUAAUAGGACUUAAUAAAUACAUAUUUUUACAAUUCA